AUGGAACCUAACAAAUCAGCUUCAUCUACUCAAAACGGCGUCGUAAGCGACGUGGAGAAGUUCCUCUGCGAGCGAUUAUUGGACCAGUCGCAGCCAAUCUCGGAGCGAUUCAGAGCUCUCUUCUCUCUUCGGAACCUAAAAGGCCCUGGACCUCGCAACGCUCUAAUCCUCGCGGCUAGAGACUCGUCUAACUUGUUGGCACAUGAAGCUGCGUUUGCGUUGGGACAGAUGCAAGAUGCUGAAGCGGUUCCUGCUUUAGAGUCGGUUCUUAAUGAUAUGUCUUUGCAUCCAAUAGUACGCCAUGAGUUGACAGAAGCUCUUGGAGCUAUUGGUUUAGUGGGUAAUGCUGAGAUUUUAAGGAGAAGUUUGGUUUUGGAUCCUGCUCAGGAGGUGAGGGAGACAUGUGAGUUAGCUCUGAAAAGGAUUGAAGAGUUGAGUAAUGUUGAUGUGGAGACGAAAGAGAGAUCACCUUUCAUGUCUGUUGACCCAGCGGCUCCUGCUGCUGCUUUCUCUUCUGUACACCAACUUAGGCAGAUUCUUCUGGAUGAAACAAAGGGCAUGUAUGAGAGGUAUGCUGCUCUUUUUGCGCUAAGGAAUCAUGGUGGAGAGGAAGCUGUUUCUGCUAUAGUUGAUUCUUUGAGUGCUAAUAGUGCUCUUUUACGUCAUGAGGUUGCUUAUGUCUUGGGGCAACUGCAAAACAAAGCUGCUUUAGCUACUCUAAGCAAAAUACUGAGAGAUGUGAACGAGCAUCCGAUGGUCAGACAUGAGGCUGCAGAAGCACUUGGUUCUAUUGCAGAUGAGGAGAGCAUUGCAUUGCUACAAGAGUUCUCAAGGGACCCUGAGCCUAUUGUUUCACAAAGCUGUGAAGUUGCAUUGAGCAUGUUGGAAUUUGAAAAUUCUGGCAAAUCAUUUGAGUUCUUUUUCACUCAAGACCCGCUUGUUCACUAG